UCUCAAGAUUGUUAUGUAUUCAGAUAGACUACUUGCCUCCAAUAGAGAAUGGUAACAAGGACAGCGAGAAGCAGAGGGAAAAUGGAGUUGGUACCCUUGUGCUCAUCAAUCGCCUCGAUUGCAAAUAUAGUCAUGAUUGAUUGAAGGCAACAGUCAUCUACUCGAAAACCAUUGAACAGAGAAGAAGUAAAAGCAUCAAAAUACAAGAGAAGAAAGAGGAACGAAUUUAAGAAAUUUCAAAUUCAUAAUAUAUACUUAGAACUAAAGAAAGAACAUAUAUUAGAUCUAUAAGUAAAUAUAAAACAAGUAUAAUUCUAAAAAGAAUAAGGAAAACCAAAUGUUAUUUUUUCUAAAUUUAAUUAGAAACAAUGUAGUAACAAACAAAAUUGUGACAUACUUAUGUUACUUUAGAUUGUGAUAUAUGUGAAAAAUAUAAAUAAUAUAAUUUUUUGUUGUUAGUUAUUUUCUGUAUGAAGAAUAUAAAAUUACCAGUUGUUUUGUCCGCAAUUACGGACAUCAUUAUCUUUCACUUAUUUAUUGAUAUAUAUAUACAUUAUUAAUUCAAAGAUCAUCACGAUAAACUAUCAUUUAUAAUCUCAAAAAAUUUAACCAAACAUCAAAUUAUAUAUGACAAAAUUUUAUAUGUGCUCAUGCGAGUAAAAUCAUUUUACAUUUACUUAUUAAUACAUACAUUACUAAUUCAAAGACUAUUAUGAUAAGUUAUUGUUUAUGUUCUCAAAAAUUUAAAUUGAUAUCAAAUUAUUUAUAUAUGACAAAGUUAUUCAUCAAAAUAAACAUGCUCAUUAUUUCACUUUUUUUUUUGAAUACUCUCACGUAUUAUAUAUAAUUUUAAAAUUAUUUUAUACAUUUUACUCACAUUUAAUAACUAACUCGAUAUUUGAUUUUCAACUAUAUAAAAUUAAGAAUUUUACUUAAUUAAUAUUCAAUUACUUUUCUUUUUUCAUUUAUAUUUUUUUAUUAUUAAAAUAUAUUAUUUUGGAUAACAAUAUUUAAUAGAUAGGAACUGUAUUUGUUUUUAAAAUACAUUGAAAGAUAUUCUUUUUGGAUAACAACAUACUAAUAUGUAUAGGGAUUAUCUUUUUUUGGCUAAUUUUGAUUAUAUUACUUUUAAUGAAUUAUCUAAUUUAAUAAAUUUAAAAUUCCUUUAUAAUCAAUAGUUUAAUUUAAUAAAUAAAUGUAAUGAUUCAUUAAGGGUAAAAAAUAGUUUAACUAAUAUAACUUUAAUGUGAGAGCUAAGAAAAAAAAUCGCAAAUAAUAGUAUAGAUACGAUAAUAUAAGUCACUGUAUCAUUUGUUAUUGUUUAUUUAGUUCAUAAAAUAUGUAGAAGGAAUGAUAUAAAUUAAUAUACAUUUUAUUUAAAACGCAAAAAAUGAUUUUUUAACAUGCUACAAAAUUAAAUUUAAGUAGAGUAAGAUGAGAGACACUAUAAGAUUUAAAUUUUAAAAUCUUAUAAAACUGAAACACAUUAUACCUUUUUCUCAUUUUUUUUUACUAUGCAGCAACAUAAUGAAUUGAUGUUCAUGUAUCAUUUGUCAUAUGUUUUAAUUUAGAAAUGAAAUAAAAUUUAACUAUCAAAUAAAAACAUGUUAAAAAAAAAAAUAUUUGGUUGAGAUUAUCCAGUUUCACCCUUAUACCGAUGAAGUUGCUCUAAGGUAUUGAGAACUAUUAUAUUGAUGUUAGUUAUUUUAUAAUAUUAUAUUACAGAGUAUUAGAAAUUUAAAAUAGAAAUAUUAACAUUAGUUUGUAUUAACAGGGGCGGACGGACGUUGUUGACUACGGGGGCACGUGCCCCCUACUACUUAAAAAAAAAAAUUGUAUAUGAUAUAAUAUAUAGUUAUGCAUAUAUAAACUUGCAGGAGAAGUAAGAAAUCUAGAACACAUUUAUUAUAUGUCCCUAAAUCUAAUCUAGCCCAUUAUAAAAAGAAAGAUAAGUUUAGUUUUACAAAGUCCAAUCUAAAACUAAAAAAAGUUAAUAAUGGAAGUUUUUAAUUUUAACCUAGCAAAUGACACUAACGUUUUCGUCGUCUUCUUUUUUCUAGUUUUUACCGACUAGAUUUUUCCUAAUCACAAAAGUAUAACGCAGGCAAACAAAAAGAGUAUUCAACAGAGAAGCUAAAAGGUAAAACUCAAUGAAAAUUUUGAUUUAUGUGACUUAAGUAAUAGGAAAUCGUGAGAACAUAAAAAAAAAAUAGUAUUGUGCUAUUUUUUUUUUUUUUCAGAGACAAAAUUUCAAUAGAAAAAUAUUUCAAGCCUAAAAGAAAAUUUGCAUCUACAUCUGACAAUUCUGAGGAUGAUUUGCCUUCUCCCAAAAAACAAGACUCUGAAAUUGAUUUGGAGAACUUACCCAGUGAUCCUGGAGAUAGGAAAAGGAUAACCGAAUAUCUUCCGAAUCAAAGAGACGAGGUAAGACGCAAAUAUCUUAUGAGAGGUCCUUGUCAACUUUGUGGUCAUGAAUUUCCUAAAACAUUGUUUCAAAGUAAACUGAGACGAUUCAAUCCCGCUUGGUUUGAUCUCUAUGGCGAUUGGUUAGAAUAUAGUGUGAAAAAGGAUAAAGCGUUUUGUUUAUUCUGCUACUUAUUCAGAGAUUACACUGAAAACAAAUGUGGAAGUGAUGCAUUUGUGAUCAAGGGAUUCGAUGACUGGAACAAGACUGAGAGAUUGCGUGAUCAUGUAGGAGCAGUGAAUAGUUUUCACAAUAGUGCGUUGAAAAGGGCCGAUUAUCUGAUGAAACCAGAACAAUCAAUUGUUCAUGCUUUUUAUAAGCAGAAUGACGCGGUUAAAAAUGAAUACAAGAUCAGAUUGAAUGCUUCAAUUGAUGCUUGUAGGUAUUUGUUAAGACAAGGACUCCCGUUUCGAGGUCAUGAUGAAUCGGUGAAUUCAGUUAACAAGGGAAACUUUUUGGAGCUUAUGAAAUAUACUGCAGAGCAAAAUGAGCUUGUAAGUGAAGUGGUGUUAGAGAAUGCCCCCAAAAACAACCAGAUGGUGUCCCACAAAAUUCAGACAGAUAUAGUUCAUUGCUUUGCGGAAGAAGUUAUUGAAUCUAUUAUCAAAGAAGUUGGUCAUGAUGUAUUUUGUUUGUUGGUGGAUGAAUCUGCAGAUGUGUCUGAUAAAGAGCAAAUGGCAAUGGUUUUUCGCUUUGUUGAUACACAUGGGAUAGUUAAAGAAAGGUUUGUUGGUCUGGCUCAUGUGAAAGAAACAUCUUCUUUAUCCUUGAAGAGUGCUGUUGAUUCAUUUUUUGCGAAACAUGGAUUGAGUAUGAAGAAGUUAAGAGGACAAGGUUACGAUGGAACGAGUAAUAUGAAGGGCGAAUUCAAUGGGCUGAGAGCUCUAAUUCUGAGAGAAUGUAGUUCUGCAUAUUAUGUUCAUUGUUUUGCUCAUCAACUCCAGUUAGUUGUCGUUGCAGUUGCUCAGAAGCAUUUUGAAGUUGGAGACUUCUUUGAUAAGAUUGCUGUCUUGUUAAAUGUGGUUGGUGCUUCUUGUAAGAGGAAAGAUAAGGUUCGAGAAGACCACCGGAACAAAAUUAAGGAAAAAACUAAGAAAGGGGAAAUCAAGACUGGAAAAGGACUGAACCAAGAGGUUUCGUUUCAAAGACCCGGUAAAACUCGUUGGGGUUCUCAUUACGAGACAUUGCUGCGGCUGGUUGAUUUGUUCGCUUCUAUUAUUAAAGUUCUUGAGUAUGUUGAAGUCGAUGGAAGUGAUGGUAUCAAAAGACGCCAAGCUAAUGGUCUUCUCAAGUAUUUCCACACCUUUGAUUUUGUGUUUUACUUACAGUUGAUGUUGCUUCUUCUUGGGAUCACAAAUAGCUUGUCAAAGGCUCUUCAAAGGAAAGAUCAAGACAUUUUGAAUGCUAUGUCACUUGUGAAAUCUACCAAGCAACAAUUAUACAAGAUCAGAGAUGAUGGAUGGGAAUCUCUGAUCAAUAAAGUUUCUUCCUUUUGUGAGAACUACAAGAUUGAGUUCCUGGUUAUGGAUGAUGAAUUUGAUUCAAGGAAUUCAAGAAAAAGAAGCAAUAUAACCAACUUGCAUCAUUACAAGGUGGAGUGUUUUUACACUAUAUUGGAUAUGCAGAUUCAAGAGUUUAAUGACCGUUUUGAUGAGGUAAACACAGAAUUACUUGGCUGCAUUGCUUCCUUGAGCCCCACUAAUUCAUUUCAGGAGUUUGAUCAGUUAAAAGUUAUGAGAUUGUCUGAGUUUUAUCCUGAAGAUUUUGGUCCUAUCGAGCGGAUUACUCUUGAGCAUCAACUAGGUCUCUAUAUUGACAACAUUCGGGAAGAUGAAAGAUUUUCUAACUUGAAGGAUCUUGGGGAUCUUGCAUGCAUGAUGGUGAAGACAAAGAAACAUCUUUCACAUCCUCAGGUUUAUCGGCUUUUAAAGCUAGUUUUGAUUUUACCUGUUGCCACCGCUACAGUUGAAAGAUGUUUUUCAGCGAUGAAGAUUGUGAAGACUAGCUUGCGAAACCGGAUAAGUGAUCAGUUUUUAAAUGAUUGCGUUGUUUGCUUUGUUAAAAAAGAAUUGUUUGAGAAAGUAACAAAUGAAGUAGUAGUGAAAAGAUUCCAGAAUAUGGAGUCUCGUAGAAUAAAUUUGUAAGAUACUUUUUGUUUUGAAAUUUUUUUUAUUUAAAAGAGUUAAGU